AUGAAAGCAGGGUGCAGCAUUGUGGAUAAGCCAGAAGGAGGAGGAGGUUAUCAUUUCCCAGAGUGGGCUUACAAGACUGAGUCCAGCCCCGGCUCCCGACAGAUCCAGUUAUGGCAUUUCAUCCUGGAGCUGCUGCAGAAGGAGGAGUUCCGCCAUGUCAUCGCCUGGCAGCAGGGCGAGUACGGGGAGUUCGUCAUCAAGGACCCUGACGAAGUGGCCCGGCUGUGGGGUCGGAGGAAAUGCAAACCCCAGAUGAACUACGACAAGCUGAGCCGGGCUCUCAGAUACUAUUACAACAAGAGGAUUCUCCACAAGACAAAAGGCAAAAGAUUUACCUACAAGUUCAACUUCAACAAGCUGGUGAUGCCCAACUACCCGUUCAUUAACAUUCGGCCUAAUGCGGAUUGGCGCCGUGGCGUGGAUCUCAUGGCCUCGCGCAACGCCGUGGGCGCUGGUAGCGUCAACCACCAGAAGCGCAAGCCCGAUAUCAUGCUCCCUCUCUUCACCAGACCCGGGAUCUACCCGGAUCCUCACAGCCCCUUUGCCGUGUCCCCUCUGCCGGGGCGCGGGGGGGUCCUGAACUACGUCCCGAUCUCUCCUGCGUUGUCCCUGACUCCCACCCUGUUCUCCUACAGCCCCUCUCCGGGCCUCAGCCCCUUCACAGGUAGCAGCUGCUUCUCUUUUAACCCCGAGGAAAUGAAACACUACCUGCACUCGCAAGCUUGCUCCGUCUUCAACUACCACCUGAGUCCGCGGACUUUCCCCCGCUAUCCGCUCAUGGUGCCACCACUACAGUGCCAAGUGCCCCUCCAGCCCAAGUUCCCCAUCAAGCUGCAGCCUCCACCCGUGGGGCGGAAAAACAGAGAGAGACUGGAAAGCGCCGAGGAACCGGUGGCUCCCCAGCUAGCUACUCCUCCUCCCAGGGUCAAGGUCGAGCCCGCGAUGGACAAGGAGGCAGAAUCCGAAGAGCCGCCGGCGAAAGGAAAAGACAAAAGCGAGAGGGAG